AUGGAUCCACAACAAAAAAUAAAGUGGAAUGAAGCUCAGAAGAUUCCAAUAAGCGUGGACCUUGUAGCUGCAGCAAAACAGCAGCUUCAGUUCCUUGCAGCUGUUGAUAGAAACCGUCACCUCUAUGACGGCCCUGCCCUUGAGAGGGCUAUCUAUAGGUACAAUGCUUGUUGGCUUCCCUUGCUUGCCAAGCAUUCUGAGUCUCAGAUUUUUGAAGGGCCUUUGGUAGUUCCUCUUGACUGUGAAUGGGUCUGGCACUGUCACAGACUCAAUCCGGUAAGAUACGAAUCUGACUGUGAGGAACUUUAUGGACGGGUACUUGACAACUUUGGUGUUGUCUCUACUGUUGAAGGAAUUUGUGGCGGGCAAACUGAAGAAAUCUGGAAUAAGCUGUAUCCUGAUGAGCCCUACAAUGCUGAUUUGAUUAAUAUUGUCCCAGAGGAUAUCUCUGAAAAGAUUUAUAGGCUUGAGAAGUACACCAAGUACGAUCUGAUUUCAGCUGCUAAAAGGCAGAGUCCAUUCUUUCACCAGGUAUCAAGACCCCACAUGAAAAAUGAUCUCUUUAUCAAGGAAGCUGUGGCUAGAUACAAAGGCUUUCUGUAUCUUAUCAAGAGAAACAGGGAAGAGGAUAUAAAACGAUUUUGCGUUCCAACAUAUGAUAUUGACCUAAUCUGGCACUCUCACCAGUUAUAUCCAGUUUCUUAUUGUAAAGACCUAAAUGAAGCACUCGGAAAAGUAUUGGAACAUGACGAUACAGACUCAGACAGAACUAAAGGAAAGAAACUGGAUGUUGGUUUUUCUGGAACCACCAAACAGUGGGAAGUCACAUUUGGUACAAGAUAUUGGAAGGCUGGAGCAAUGUACAGGGGUAAUGCACCAUCUCCUAUAACAAGUAACCCUUUUUCAUCUAACAUUACUUGCAAGAAGGUUGUUUCUUCGAAUGAGUACCCACAAGAAAUUUCACUACCAGAUCGGGAAGUUAUGGAGGUUCUCUUAGAGUUCGUUGGGGUUAAAAACUUACCGGAGGGACAGGAAGGAGAUAUCUGUGUUUUAUUUUCCAAAUCACAGCCUGAUGGAUUCUUUGAUGCUAAAAGAAGACUGAGUAUUUGGUCACAAUGUAGAGAGAAACAGGUUGCAUCUUUCCAAUGUGAACCUACGGGAGAGCUGCUUUUUGAACUCGUAUCCUAUUCUAUCAAGAAAUCAACAAAGACCAUCGAGAAAUCAACAAAGACCAUCGGUUCAGGUUAUUUCUCUAUAAAAGACUAUCUUGACCCAGUUUCAAAACUCCAUGUUGAGAAAUGGUUGGAGUUGGUACCAAGUUCUGGUACUCUGUGCUCAAAGCCAAUCUUUUUACGAGUAGCCAUCUCAUUUUCUGUCCCAGUUCCUGCCCCAUGUACACUCAAAAUGACCUUGUCUAGUCCAAUUUCCAAAAACGAAGGCCUCUUCAACCUUCCUGUUAGAUCUCAACAUGCAAAUAGCUGGACACAUGUCACAGAUGAAAAUGGAAGCAGAAUCAUCAGCCUUCAAAUGAGAGAUUUGGAGAAUGCAAAGAACAUAGGAAACCCUGGAACUGGAACAGAGAUUGUUGGCCUCAUGAAGUCUGGAAAAACUCGUACUCUAGCCGAGUUUAAGGAAAAUGGGUGGUCUGUUUUGGAGAAUAUGUGGUUGUUUCACCUUCCAAACAAAUGCACAAGCGACGGCCAUCUCUUUGAGCUUACCGGUGCCAAGACAGUGAAUAUUUUUUCUGGAAGAAAGCUAGACUAUGAACCGGGACACAAUGGAAAACGGGGAAAUGAAAUGGACUUCCUGACAGCUGUUGAAUUCUCCAUAGAAGAGCCUUAUGGAAAAGCAAGACAUUUUUGUUUUACAUCAGUUAAUUUGUUUUGUGCUUUGUUGCUCCCUCCUUGUCUUGCAAAGGCAAAGGAAAAGUGGAUGGUGCUGCCCGGAAUCAUUUUGGCUUUUAUUGUUGCUAAUGAAAUGAAAAAGGAAGAAUAUGAAGGCAUCAUUCCUAAAAGUAAAGAUUUGAAGGUGAAUGGUGUAUGUGAGGAAAAUGCAAGGACAGUCUUGAACGGAAUGAGGUUGAGUCCUAAUGUGUUCAGUGAAGAUGAUGGGAUAUCAAAGAAGUCUGGACUUUCCAGUGGAGGCUGUGGCAGUGGCUGUGGGAGUGGAUGUGGAAGUGGCUGCGGGAAUGCAGUGGAAAGUGGUGGCUGCGGGGGCUGUGGUGCUGGUUGUGGCGGAGGCUGCGGUAGUAUGAUUAAGAGUGGUGGUGGUUGCGGUGGUUGUGGUGGUGGCUGUGGAGGUAGUUGUGGCGGUGGGUGUGGACAUAUGACUAAAAGUGGUGGUUGCGGCGGUUGUGGCGGUGGUUGCGGUGGUGGUUGUGGCGGUGGUUAUGGUGGAGGCUCUGUGGAGGAGGGGGCGGAUAUGUUGAAGAGUGGUGGUUGUGAGGAUAUUUGUGGUAUCGAUGAAGCAGUUACUGCAUGA